AUGCGGGGAUGGCGCAACGCUGGAUCCUGCUUGGCGGCUCUGCUGCUGGGCGCCGGGCAGUUUGUGAACGCAUAUGACCUCGAUAUCAACUCUCCAGCCAGCAUCAAGCAAGUCGCAGCGAGUCUGACCCAAGACUUGGCAUCCUUCUACAAUGGAGACAAGCCCGGCGGAACUCCUGGGCUUCUCCCAGACCCGUACUACUGGUGGGAAGCCGGUGCCCUGAUGGGUACCUUUGUUGAUUAUUACUACUAUACAGGGGACACCAAAUACAACGCCCUCACCACACAAGGGCUGCUCUUCCAAGUAGGGCCGAACAAUGAUUACAUGCCCCCUAACCAGACCUGGACCGAAGGAAACGACGAUCAAGGGUUUUGGGGAAUGGCUGUCAUGUCCGCCGCCGAGUACAAGUUUCCCGAUCCGCCUCCGGGCAAGCCGGGAUGGCUUGCCCUCGCCCAGGCCGUUUUCAACACCCAGGUUGCUCGCUGGGAAUCCCAGGACUGCGGCGGCGGUCUGCGGUGGCAAAUUUUCACCUGGAACAAGGGCUUUACCUACAAGAACUCGAUCUCGCAGGCCUGUUUCUUCAACGUUGCCGCGCGCCUCGCACUGUAUACCGGCAAUCAGACGUACGCCGACUGGGCCGAGAAGACAUGGGACUGGAUGUGGGCGGUCAAAUUCAUAGAACACAAGACCUAUUAUGUCUAUGACGGCGCAGACAUUUCCAACAAUUGCACCGACAUCGUGCCCUACCAGUUCAGCUACAAUGCAGGAGCCUUCCUGCUCGGCGCUGCCGCCAUGUACAACUUCACCGAGGACGCCGCGAAGAAGGAGGUCUGGCGGGAGCGGACCAGCGGUCUUCUCAACGGUACCGCGGUGUUUUUCACCGGGCCCAAGAAGGACAUCAUGACCGAGGUUGCCUGCGAGCCCGUCAACAGGUGCAACGUCGAUCAGCAGUCGUUCAAAGCUUAUUUGAGCCGCUGGCUUGCUGCCACUACCAAAUGGGCCCCCUGGAGCUACGACACCAUCAAGCCUUGGCUCGAGGCGUCUGCCCAGGCCUGCGUUGCACAGUGCACGGGAGGCGAUAAUGGCCGCAUGUGCGGGCUGAGAUGGACCGACAACGGCAAAUGGGAUGGCUCGACUGGCGUUGGGCAGCAGAUGGCCGCAGUUGAGGUCGUUCUCGCCAACCUGAUCAAGGACAGCGGCACACCUGUGACCGACAACUCGGGUGGCACGUCACAGGGCGACCCCAGUGCGGGAGGCUCUGAUAUUGGACGGAAUGAUCCUUUCGGCACGCACACAGACUGGGCACCGAUCACGGCAGGCGACCAGGCCGGCGCCUACAUACUAACGAUCGCGGUAUUGGUGUUCCUCAUCGCUUUUGUCAUCUUCAUGAUGCUGGACGAGACGUCGGACAAGACGACCAAGGAACGCUGGGGCGACUUCAAGCACGCCAUCGGCGCAGCGCCUGGUGCCGGCGCCGCGGUCCUGUCACGAAGGGACAAACGAGGGGUGGUCGCGGAGAAAGCAGCAGCGGUGGAGCGGACCGACAGCGACACUAGCUCGAACGGAAAGCAGCGCGCCUCGCAGGUGGUCACGUUUGCGCCAGCGGCCGUAGCGACGCCCCCGGUCGCGGCGGCGAGGAAUAGCACUAGCCUGCACAAGAAGCACAGGCCGACGGCGUCGGAUCCGGGACUCUUGUCCAUGUCUGGUGGCGCGAGCGCGAGCGCGGGUGCGGGAUACCGCAGGUCGGCAGAUAUGCAGAUGGGGCAUAGCAGGGCGCAGUCGAUGGGCAUGCCCAAGCGGAAGCCCCUGCGGAAGAGCAUGCGCGGGUCGGAGUACUACGGUCCCGCCGAGGGCGCAACAUCCGGGUCGAGCGCAGGCGGCGCAUAG